UCAGGGCAGCAGCCGGGGUCCGGCGGAGCAGUUGGCUACACUUGUAACUUUUUUCGAAAGCUGCGUUUCCCGGGAGAUCCUAGGCGGUGACAGAGCGCGGCCAUGGCUAGAGGCAGGAAGAUGUCCAAGCCCCGCGCGGUGGAGGCGGCGGCGGCGGCGGCGGCGGUGGCAGCGACGGCCCCGGGCCCGGAGAUGGUGGAGCGGAGGGGCCCGGGGAGGCCCCGCACCAACGGGGAGAAUGUAUUUACCGGGCAAUCAAAGAUCUAUACCUACAUGAGCCCGAACAAAUGCUCUGGAAUGCGUUCCCCCCUUCAGGAAGAGAACUCAGUUGCACAUCACGAAGUCAAAUGCCAGGGGAAGCCGUUAGCCGGAAUCUACAGGAAACGCGACGAGAAAAGAAACUCUGGGAAUGCAAUACGAAGCUCCAUGAAGGCCGAGGAACAGAAGAUCAAAGACGCCAGGAGAGGUCCCCUGGCCCCUUUUCCAAACCAAAAAUCUGAAGCAACAGAACCUCCCAAAACCCCGACCUCGUCUUGUGAUUCUCCCAAUGCAGCUGCCGCCAAGCAAGCCCUGAAAAAGCCCGUCAGGGCCAAACAGGCUCCCAGGAAAAAAGCUCAAGGAAAAACGCAGCAGAAUCGUAAGCUCACAGAUUUCUACCCUGUUCGAAGGAGCUCCAGGAAGAGCAAAGCUGAGCUGCAGUCUGAAGAAAGGAAAAGAAUAGACGAAUUGAUUGAAAGUGGGAAAGAAGAAGGAAUGAAGAUUGACCUCAUUGACGGCAAAGGCAGGGGCGUGAUUGCCACCAAGCAGUUCUCCCGGGGCGAGUUUGUGGUGGAAUACCACGGGGACCUCAUCGAGAUCACCGACGCCAAGAAGCGGGAGGCUCUGUACGCGCAAGACCCCUCCACGGGCUGCUACAUGUACUAUUUUCAGUAUCUGAGCAAAACCUACUGCGUGGAUGCAACCAGAGAGACAAAUCGCCUGGGAAGACUGAUCAACCACAGUAAAUGUGGGAACUGCCAAACCAAACUGCACGACAUCGACGGCGUGCCUCACCUCAUCCUCAUUGCCUCUCGCGACAUCGAGGCUGGGGAGGAGCUCCUGUAUGACUAUGGGGACCGCAGCCGGGCUUCCAUCGAAGCCCACCCCUGGCUGAAGCAUUAACCCCACGGCCCCGCCCCCCCCUUCUUCAAUGGACGAAGUGCCCUCAAAGGGAAUUGACUUUUUUUUUUUACACAUUUAAUCUUAGCAGAUUCCUUCAGAUGUUUUUAAAAAAGUAUAUUAAGAUGCCUUUUCACUGUAGUAUUUAAAUAUCUGUUACAGGUUUCCAAGGUGGACUUGAACAGAUGGCCUUAUAUUACCAAAACUUUUAUAUUCUGGUUGUUUUUGUACCUUUUUUGCAUACAAGUCAAACGUUUGUGCUUCCCGUGCAUGCAGUCAAAGACUCAGCACAGGUUUUAGAGGAAAGAGUCGAACACGAACUAGGAAGCUGGGCGAUGCGCCUUCGUCCACCUGAGGAGCCGGGACUCUCUCCCCUCCUCAGCCCUGACGUCCCAGUGCCAGGCGGGCGCGAGGAAGAGCUGCCUCCCCACGGCCUGGACGGGAUGUUCCCAAGCUCUUGUUUUCCUGACAUCUCGACAGGCGCACAUGGAAGUGUAUGAAUAUUUUUUAAAAAGGUUUCACAGUAAGAUAGUCUUCCCCUCUGCUUUCUCGAAAGCUUACUGACCCGGUGGCUCACGGGCCGGGCCUAGAUUUACUCUUCCACGGGCUGCCGCUUUUCUGGGCACCUCGAAGCAUCAGGGCGGGGAAUCAAAGCAGAUGUGGGCAGGAACAAGCACUGCUUACCUAGCCCUGCCGGGCAGGGGUUCCCGAAACUGGGUUAAUUUCUUUAUAGAAAUGUGAACACUGAGCUUAUUUUAAAAAAAAUAAUAAAAAUCAAAAAACAAAAAAGAAAAAAAAGAAACCACAGAAGACAACUUACAUGUAUAUAGGUCUUGAAGUGAGUGACGUGGCUGCGUUUUUGUUUGGGUUUUUUUUUUUUAGUUUGGCUUUUUUUCUCCCCCUUGGUUUUGUUUCUGUAGAAGAGAUUUGAGAUGGUACACUAUUCUAAUCAAAAAUAAAGUUUUGUAGUGCGACCAGAAAUUACUUACCCAAUUCCCCACCUCCCCACCCCCGCCCCAACCUGAUUCUGCUGGGUUGAAAGUUCCAGACCUGCUGUCAAGGCUUUUGUUUGUCAGACCCCCUGGUGUCCUUCCUGUGAAGAUGCAGCCGUGAACCAAAGGGUGAGCCUACAAGCCCCGAAAUGCAGGGUCCCCAGCCCAGCUGCUGGAGUGCAGGGGAGCGGGCGGGCCCAGCGGCCCAGGGAUCACGGCUAAGGGUAAAGUUUUCACCUCGACUGUGACAGCAGGAAGAGCAGCAGGUAGCUUCCUCCCAAAGGGAAACCGAUUCCCACUUUCUGUUAACCUGUAGUUCAGGGGCCUGGGGCUCUGGAGCCGUGACGUGGGGUCUCCUGGCCCCCUGCUCCCAGGUAAAUGUGAAUGGAGACAGGCAUGAGAGCCUGUCCUCAGCUUCAGUGCCCCUGUCCCGGUCUCACGACGGUGCUACCUAAGAAAGUCUUCCCCCCACCCCACACUUGCCUGGUCAGUGGUCAGUGAAUUGGAGGAGGAUCUGAUGGGAGUGUGUAAAUGUGAGAUAAAAUGUCUUGGUUGUACCUGUUUGUGGUUUAGCUUUGUAUUUAAAAAAAAAAAAAGGAAAUAAACUUGAAAAUUAUUUGUCAUCAUAAAAAUGAAAUGAAAAUUAAAAUAUUUAUUGCCAGGCGAGGCUACGUGUGUCA